AUGGCUGAGGAGGAAUUCGAGAUCGAUAUCUACGGCGAUGCGCCCCAAGAUCACCAAGACGGAAACGCCGAGAACUACGACGGAGCCAACGGCCAUGCGGACAACCACCAGGAACAGCAUGACCAGCUGGAGCACCACGACGAUCAGCAGAAGCACGACCAGCAGGAAGAAUAUCACGAUCAGCAAGAGGCGCCUGCGCCCCAGCAGGGUGUCAAGAGAAAGGGCGACGACCGGCCGAUCGAUCCAGGCGCAACCACAGCUUUGAUGGUUUCGGAUCUAAACUGGUGGAACACGGACGACGACAUCAGAGGAUACGCCAGAGCAGGCCAUUGCGAGGACGAGCUGAAGGAUAUCACUUUCAGUGAACACAAGGUGAACGGAAAGAGCAAGGGACAAGCCUACAUUGAGUUCACAUCGCAGCAAGCUGCCACGGCCGCCAAGCACGCUUUUGAGUCGACAGACAGCGCUCAAGGCGUACCGAAGAAAUACCAGGUCACUUACUCGAACCCCCACGUCAACCCGUUCCGCACGCUGCCUAAGGAUGCACCGAACCGCGCUGGUAAAGACCAGGGCAGCCGACCAAACAACAACAACAACUACAACAACCAGGGUUCCUCGAUGGGUGGCGGCGAUUUCCGUGGAAACGGCUACCGUGGUCGUGGAGGCUUCAAUGGUCCUCGUGGUGGCAUGAACCAGGGCGGGUUCAACCGCAACUUCUCGGGCGGUAUGGGAGGUGGCUUCAACAAUAACAACAUGGGAGGCGGCGGCUUCAACAACGGCAUGGGCGGCGGAAAUUUCGGCGGCGGCGGUUUCCAGCGGGGCGGCGGCUUCGGUGGUGGCAUGCGCGGCGGCCCCGGCAUGCGUGGUGGACGGGGCGGUAUGCACAACCCGAUGGGCGGUAUGAACAUGGGCCCGAUGGGAGGCAUGCCCAACAUGGGUAUGCCUAACAUGGGCAUGAUGGGCGGCGGAAUGCCUGGUACGACUCCCCUUGCUUUUGAAUCUCCCCAGCGAAAUUACACCCCCCCAAUAUCUCGACUUGCCUAUGGUUCAACCCAGAAGCGCAAGAACUCUGGUCGGCGAAAGGGCAAAGCUGCCAACACCGGCCGAGACGAGAUCCCUUCGAGCACCAAACGGCAGAAGGUGCAACCGAAACAUGUAUCCGAACAACCAAAGCCUGUAAUUGCACCAGAGGUCGGCCGAUGGACAAAGGAGCACGGAUUCCAAGGCAUGCCUCAACAAUUCAACCCUGCAUUCUUCGGCGGUAACCAGGGUGGUGGUAACGACUGGGGCAACCCUCACGGUGCUAAGCGACCUCGACCCGAGUAG